UAAGUGCGCAAGCGUGUGUCAUUGCAAGGAUGAACAACCGUGUGACAGCGUUACUGGGAAGUGUUCUACACCUGGAUGCUAUGCUGGAUGGAAAGGGUACUCAUGCAGUACACAAUGCUCUGGUGACGAAUUCGGGGUAGACUGUUCUUCGACAUGCCAUUGCUAUGACAACGGAGUAUGUGACUCGAUCAAUGGAACGUGUAUUUUCGGAGAGUGUGCACUCGGAUGGCAAGGAAAUACAUGCGACAUAGAAUGCACAUCACCACAUUUUGGACAAAACUGUGGCCAAACAUGUCAUUGCUACAUAUCUGGACCGUGCGAACCCAUCAAUGGACUUUGUACGCAUGGAAUGUGUGCGCCGGGCUGGUUGGGUGAUAGCUGUAAUAAAGAAUGUGACUAUGGUAGAUUUGGGCAAAACUGUAGUAAUUCAUGCCAUUGCUACGACAGCGCAUCUUGCAAUCCCACAGAUGGCAUAUGUUCCAAUUACUUAUGUGAAACAGGAUGGCAGGGAAACAGUUGUAGUGAAGUAUGUGGGUUUGGACACUUUGGCCGAAACUGUAGUCAGAUAUGCCACUGCUAUGACAAUGCGUCCUGCGAUCCAUUUAGCGGUCUGUGUCCGAAUUCAAAGUGUUCUAACGGCUGGCAAGGACCAAGUUGCAAUAUAGAAACGGGCACAUCAAAUGCCUCAACGAUUCUUACAACACAAACAUCAACAGUCACGACGGGACAAAGUGUAUAUGAAGAACUUAAGAAAUAUAAAAGUCGAUACAUAGUAUCUGUCUCUACAGCUGGCGUCUUGGCAUUUGUUGUUGUUGUUGGUCUAAUAGUGGUCUGUUCAAAAUUUGCCAGAAUGAGUGUCAGUUCGUGCUGUUCGACUUUGCAAAAAGAAAAGCCUGUCCUGUACUUCAGGAUACUGCAUACAGCCUCUGACUAUCAUCGUCGGCUGUCAUCGAUACUUCUUUCCACCCUGGAUCCCAUGUCCUGCUUUCUGCUGUUGUCGGAGUAG